UCAGGCACAAAGUACUUUACCUCAAUUGCUGUUAGACUGGCGUGAUCCUGAGAUACAUUUGGGCAUAAUUUGGCAUCUGGACUCAAUAAUUUCCAAAGCUCUGAAAUUGCUCACAGACAACAUGCAGGUGACAGUCUGCAGACUUCGGACUCACCAGUGGUGUUUCAUUCUGUUUAAUGUUAUCCUAUUUCAUGCCCUGCUUUUUGGGGCAGAUUUUGUGGAAGAAUACUUUCUGCAUGCUUUGCCUUAUGUAAAUAUGAAAGUUCUUGAAAUUAAAGAUAAGGCAAGAAAAUUGAACACGGAGCCCCUAAGAAGUAACCUUUCCAAAUAUUAUAUCUUGAGCCAGUCAGAAGUGUGUAAAGGGAAGAAUAUAUUUCUGCUCUCUCUCAUCUUCAGUAGCCCAGGAAAUGAAACAAGACGGAACCUCAUCAGGAAAACCUGGGGUAAUGUGACCAGCAUCCGAGGGCACCCCAUUCUCACACUGUUUGCUUUGGGGAUGCCUAUUUUGGUAACUACCCAGCAAGAGAUAGACAGAGAGUCCCAUAAGAAUAAUGAUAUAAUUGAAGGAAUCUUCUUGGACAGUGCUGAGAACCAAACCUUGAAGCUCAUCACAAUGACACAGUGGGCUGUGACUUUCUGUCCUAAUGCCCUCUUCAUUCUCAAGGUCGAGGAAGAGAUGUUCGUCAAUCUACCAGGCUUGGUCGACUAUCUUCUCAAUCUGAAAGAACACCUUGAAGAUAUCUAUGUAGGAAGAGUUAUCCAUCAGGAUACACCCAACAGAGACCCUAAUAGCCAAGAAUUUGUCCCUCUUAGCGAGUACCCAGAAAAGUACUACCCAGAUUACUGCAGUGGCGGAGGUUUUAUUAUGUCCCAGGAUGUGGCUCGGAUGAUGUAUGUGGUUUUCAAAGAAGUACCCAUGAUAGUGCCUGCUGAUGUGUUUGUAGGAAUUUGUGCCAAGUCCACUGGCCUUAUACCCAUCCACAGUUCAAGGUUUUCUGGGAAAAGACACAUCAGAUACAACAGAUGCUGCUAUAAGUUCAUCUUCACAUCCUCAGAAACUACAGAUGCCGAAAUGCUCCUGGCGUGGAAGGAAAUUAACGAUGGGAAAGAAUGUACACUAUUUGAGACUUACUCCGGGCUCAUUUCCUGCAAACUUCUGACAUACCUUGACAGCUUUAAACGUUUUCACAUUGGUACCGUAAAAAACAAUGCCCUGUAUUUUGGUGAUUAGGAUUUCUUUGUUUUCCUUACAGGAGUGUUCUUUUUAAAUUACCUCCUACCUUGUUAUAGAAAGCAUCCCUCCUUCUUGGUGUUUUAAGUGUUUUUAAGUGUACUCAAAAAGUUGCAAAGUGUUCUAAGUACCCUGAUGUACUGCAUCAUACUGAAACCUCAUUUUAAGAAAUUUA